AUGACAGCCUCUUCGCCUCUGGCGGCCCUGCACCGCCCAAUGCCGACUCCUACAUGGAGAGGCAGAGACAUUUUCCGCUCUCAUUACGCCAGCAACUCUGCUCCGGGAGCGAUGAGUCUGCGUGAGCAACUUCACAAAGGCACGGGAGAUUUCCUCGGCGUUAAAGAAGUCCGAGGGUCAUCUCCUGCUGUGAGCUUGGCUGCCGAUCUGUCCCAGAACUUCCGGCUUGACAAUGAAGCAAGUCCCAAGUUCCCAACUCCUCGACGAGCUCUUUUCACGGCUAAUGUAGUUGGCGACACCGGCGACAAUGACUUUGUGACCACUCCUACUUUGCUGUCUUCUUCGCCUGUUCAGCUUCCAGAGAUGACCCCUCUACCUCGUAAGGUGACCUUUGCCGCCGUGGUUGAGGUUGCCUCGCCUACACCCAUCCCAUCCACUGCCAAUGAUGCCGCCAUGCCGGACUCAUCGGCCCCCAAUUCACCUCAGUCGUCUCCGGUGCCAACGAGGUCACUCUCGCGACAAUCGUCACUGGAGCCAGCAAAGCCAAUUGCUUCGGAGUUAGCGCCGAUGCAAGCUCGACGCGGUCGAGGACUCGCUGACAUUCUGGCUGGCCGUAGAAUAGCAGCCCCAAGGCGGACGACUCCUAUUCGACUCAAGGCGCUUGCCAACAGCACUGGCUCCCCUGCCUCCUCAAGCCCAUCAGUUCAGAUAUCAGCUAAUAACUCAACAUUAUCUCUCGAUGAGUGCUUCGACUUGGAAUCCCCGCAGCAGGACCGCAGCAAGCCUUUAUCAUCGCAUAGCCCCUGCUCACCUAUCCCCAUUGGCCUUCGCUCAAAAUCUCAAUUUGGGAGUAUCGGGGGGAGUAAUCGCCUUGGCUCGCCGGGUAACGUUCAUGCUAGGAGACAGUCGAAUCCCUUUUUGAGAACCCGAAAGCAAUUUCGCAGGUCUUUGAGCAUGUUUGAAAGCCCUACGGAUAUCAUGAAGCCGAAGCCUGAGAGAGGACUUGCUGCUUCUCCUAUCCUAAAAUCUGUGACUGAUGUCGAAGAGGCCCACGAGCCCAUCAUUCCUCAUUUUCUUCCUGAUGAUCCUACAGAUACGAUACCUCGAAUCACACGAGAGACGAUGCUGGAAAUUUUGGACGGAAAAUAUAGCGACAAAUUUGCUCAGCGGAUGGUCAUUGAUUGCCGCUUUGAGUACGAGUAUGACGGCGGCCACAUCGACGGUGCUGUCAACCACAACAAUAAAGAGCUGCUAGCCGACCAACUCUUUCAGACGCCUAUGGAUGAUAUGACUCUACUAAUCUUUCACUGUGAAUAUUCGGCCCAUCGGGCCCCUCUCAUGGCGCGUCAUAUUCGAUCUCAAGAUCGUACCAUCAACGCAGAGCACUACCCUCGCCUGACCUAUCCAGAAAUAUACAUUCUGGAGGGCGGCUACAGCGGCUUCUUUGCUGAACACCGAGCAAGGUGUUUCCCGCCGGAAUACGUCGAGAUGUCUGAUGAAAAGCAUCAGCGAACUUGCGAGAGAGAAAUGGGACGCUUAAAAGCUCGCAAGCCCUUUGGGCGCGCACAAACUUUUGCAUUUGGCCAACGGGAAACAUAUCUACACGAUUCACCCACUGGCCCUUCUCGCCCUCACUCGCGGGGGAACGUUAAUGUCUCUUCCCCUCUCUCAAUCCCCGAUUCACCUGUAUUUGGUGAGCGAACAGGGACUCGGCGCAUGGUUUCUUACUAG